AUGCUAGUGGGGCCGGGGGGGGGGGGGGGUGACAAUCCUUCUGAUUCUUUUUUUGAGGGUCUCUCUGGCUGGUUUCAAAAUACCGCCGAACCUGGGGAAGAAAUAAAUUCGCAGCCUUCUCAGGGAGUCGGGCAGCGGCUUCCUGGUGCGCUCGAAAGAAAUUCCCCGGGCAUAAGCGGGGAGUCUAUCUUUAGGGACUUUGAACAGCCCGGAGGAGAGCCCGCACCUAAACUAGAGGCUGCGCAGCCUGGGCAAGUUCCAGAAGGGCCACUGGGGGAAGUCUUUGAGAAGAUCAAUACAAGACUUCUCUUUGCUGCCUCUAAAAAGAGGGGGUGGCAGCCCCCCAUAGAUGAGAUUAUAACUUUGAUUAACCUCAAAAGUAAGGUUAUAUCUCGGAUGGCCGAGCUGGACCCAGACCCUUUCUGGGUUGAAAACCGAACCAGCCUUCUGGUCUGGGAGACUCCAUUUUAA